UACGACCCAUGCCGGACCAUAACUCCCGCUGGUCCACGCCGGAGCACCAGCAUCCGACGUAUCCAGCAUCACAACAACCAGUGACACUAUAAAACGUACAUCCAACAUUUACGUUUAAAAAAUAAUAAUCGCUCAUUACGCUCAAUUUGCUCGUUUCGCUCAUUUCGUUACAUUUCGCUCAAUUCUCACAUUUCUCUCGUCACCCUCGUUUUCUCCCGUUUUUUUCUUUCACUCCACCAUCAGUUUCAUCAGUAAAUAAACAAUUAUCAACGGUGAAUGAGACAAUUAUACGAGAUUGUUUAUUUUUAAUUCACCAGUGACGUGAGGAGGAACAACGGAAGAGUUGAGUGGUUUUGUGAACAUUUGAGUAAUGUCAAUGAAUUGACAGUGAAGUUUCGCUUGCACUUGAGGAUUAUUGUUUGUUUUUAUUAUUUUUCAUUGAGUUAAUCAUCGAGAUGAUGAUGGAGCGACGUGUUUGGAGGACUUGUCAGUGAAUAGUGGAUUUAUGGUUUUUUUUUUUUGUUUAUUAUUGUCGUUGGUUUGGUUGUGAGUUUUUGAGGACUCGGGAGCGAUUGGAACUGUUGGAGAAAUAAGUGAGCCAAAAUGCUGGUGUGGAUUUUUUUUGUGGAGAGCAAGGGAAAAUGUGUGAGCAUGUGACGCGCGAGAAUGACAUGUCAUUUGAAUGAUUUUUAAUCGUCAAUAGAUAAAUCCAUUCAAUAGCACAUGCGACGGAUGAAAAGCGCGCAUUGUUGGUGAAUUAAAUAGUCAGUAUUUUCCCUUAUUUUUAUUUUUCUUUUUUUUUCACCGUUUAUCGACAAAUGUUGAUGAACUAUAAAGUCGAUGAGGAUGUGGUGAAAACAAGUGAGGACCGAGUGAACGUGAUCCUUUUGUUCACGGCACAUUGACCAUUUCUGUCAUUAGAAAUACUCGGUAAUUAAUUGAAGCUGUUGAAGGACAAUAAUUGAGUUAUCACGUGCAGCCCCAAAAGCAGUCCAAAGAUCGUCAUCAUGAGGAUCAAAAUGCCAGCAGUUCGCAUCGCGCAAGCGGAAACGUCACAAGGAGUUGCCUCUCCUGAUACCGUCCAAUGUGGUGGCUGUCGUGCCUCGUAUCCCCUGGGUGAAAUAGUCCGUUUCAUCGAGCACAAGGUUAACCACUGUCGGAGCAGUCUCCAGGGCUGUCACAGUCCACCCCCAGCUGCUGCCCACGAGGACUCCGAUCCGGAGGACGCCCUAGCCCUUAAAGCAGUUGACCCGGAGAAAUUGAAUUCAGUGCCGAGUAUAUCAGCACCGAUAAACAAGAGGGCGGGAAGGGUUGAGAGCCCUCCGACACCCCAGGGCAAUCCAACGGACACCGGAAGUCCCAUUGAACUCAGAGCCAGUGCCAGUUCAACGCCAAAGAGACGGACCGAGGGGAGUGAUGAUGACAAGGAGGAGGUCAACAAGAAACCUAAGACAGAGUCCGUUGAUGCUGAUACCAAUACCAUCAAUUCUGAGCCAAGAUGUCUGCCCUGCUCUCAGUGCUCACGUCGUUUGAAUUCAGCUUGGGAUUUGAUCCAGCACGCCCAGAGUGCCCACGGUGCUAGAUUAUACGGUACAUCAAGUUCAACGGUGAAUUCCUCAUCGAAUACUCCAACCCCAAGUCCACCAACGCCAACACCCAGUCACUCGCACCACCUGAGUCCCCCAAAUCACCUGAAUCUCAGUGCAAAGUCAACAGGCAGUUCAUCAGCGGCAAACUCAUCGGGUGGUACAAAUACAAGUGGUAGCAGUGGUAGACAACAGUUGCAAUCGUCAGCCUCGUUAGUCGGUGAUCCACUGCACAGCUUUCUUAGAUUACCCCAACACCUGGAGAGGAGUUUUCCACCCAUGUUCAGGCCCGAUUUUUUGGCGCUCAAUCCACUGGCUGGUUAUCGUGGCCUUCAGGACCUCCAGACAGCCACCAGAAAUCUUCAGAAUCUCGGUGAUCCUCUGCGUGGUAUGGAUGGUCUCAAUCUCGGUGAUCCACUUGUGAGAAGUUCCCUGGAUUCCCUCAACAACGCAAGAAAUCUAGCCAAUCUAACGGAAUUGUCACACGGUAGGUUAUCAAGUCAGGGUCACCCACCACAACUCGAAGCGAAUCUGGAUUUUUAUUCGGCGCGCCUAAGGAGCCUCGCUAACCCAACCUUAGGCGCGACGCCUAAGGACGGGUUUCCACCACCUAAUACGUCAUCAGUGCUACCACUUCAGCAAUCACAGCAGCAGCAUCAAACAGAUUCAUCUAGUCCUGCUUCAACGAAUCCAACAAAUUUGGCGCAUGCUCACUCGCAGAAGGAAAAUUCACCACCUUGUUAUACACAGAGUCCUCUCGGUCAUCACAACAACAAUAAUUCAACGGACAGUGAAAAGACUAGUCCACCAGCGAUAUCAACGCCGAUAAUGAACGACACAACCGAGACAGUGUACACGUGCGAGGUGUGCGACAAGAAGUUUCGCUUUCAAUCGAAUCUCAUUGUUCAUCGUCGGAGUCAUCAGGACAAGGAGAGACAGUUUCAGGAUACGAGGGAUGGAUUGGGUGUUGCAAGGUGCGAGGUCUGUGAAAUUGAGCUGACGAAUUCCACUGAAUUGCGGAGACACAUGAAGAAAGAGCACCAGGAGUCAAUGAGUGCAGCUAGUCCACAGGGUAGUGUCGAGACGGUGCUUGACGAUGGCUCGAGCUGCGACGAGAACAUGGAUCUCGACGAUGCUGAUGAUAAUGAGAUGAAAAAUCGUGAGGACACCGAGGAAAAUACACCGGAGGACUUGAGCACAACGCAGGGCCAGAGUAGCGAAGAGUGCAGUGGCAGAGCUGAAGCUAAACCGAGCUUAGUCGGUGACCUCAUGGAGAAGUUUGGCCUUAACAACAUAGCUCAGUACUCGGAGGCUUAUCGGCAAGCACUCCAGGAGAAUCACCGCGGUGGUUUGAUUAAAACAGAAUCCCCCUCGAGUCUCACCAACUCCCUCAAUAACAACAAGGAGAAAGACAGUGCAUUAUCACCGACAAACUUCAACUCAUCAGCAACAGCCAAUAUAUUUUCCGGCCAGGGAUUUCCGCGAACUGGACCGGACUUUGGUGGUCUGUGGUUACCAAGCCCCCAUUAUCUCGAGACCAAUGAAUUUCGAAAAGUAUCAAAAGCAACGACAUCUAGCCUGACACUUCAGGGUCUACCGAGUCCUUUAAUGAAGAAAGAGAGAAGCGGUAGAAACGAUACGUGUGAAUUUUGCGGCAAGGUAUUCAAAAAUUGUUCAAAUCUCACUGUACAUCGACGAUCUCACACCGGUGAAAAGCCUUACAAGUGCGAAUUGUGCUCUUACGCGUGUGCACAGAGCUCAAAGCUAACGAGACACAUGAAAACACACGGUAGACAUGGAAAGGAUACAUACAAGUGUCGCUUCUGCGAGAUGCCAUUCUCAGUGCCAAGUACCCUGGAGAAGCACAUGAGGAAAUGCGUUGUUGUUGUGCAACAGGGGCCAAAAAUAGGUCUACCUUAUCCUGGUAGUCAGGAUGAGGACUCCUCGUUGAGUACCAAGGACACUUGAUCCUGGAAUGGCAGCCUACAGCAACCAAUGCCACUAAUACCGCCCAUACCAUCACUGUGGCCGCACAGGCCGCCAUAUCCAGUCUACUGAAUCAAGCCGAUCAUCUGGUAAUGAUAGGUAAUCAGGAUGAUACCUGAUAAUACCAUUCACGAGAAGCAAUAUUACCAAUUCAUUCCCACUCGCACUCGAGCACUCGAGCACUUGAAAAUAAAUUCAAUAGUGUUUAGUCGAGUGUUCCCUCGGGAGUUCCCCUUUAACCCUGAGACAUUGAUUAACAUUUUUUUAAAUUAAAUCAACAAAAUUAAACAGGUUGAUGAAUAAAAAAAACGUUACCACUGAGAAUUCUCAGGAUAUCUCGAAAGAGCGAAACCAACCUCAAAAUUAUAACCACUAUAAAUAGUUAUAAAUAACUCAAUCCAAACACGUACAUGUGAAUAUAAAUACUGAAUAUAAAUAAAGAAUCAAUAUAUAAAUAUAUAAAUACGAAGGUAUAAAUACAGAUAUAAAUAUAUACAUAGGGAUUUUAAAGAAAAUUACACGGAAAAUAGUGAACUUUAUUAUCGCAUUGAAGAUUAUUUAUUUAUUAAUAUAUUGUACGACUUAAUAUAUUGUGAGGGAGUUAUUUACUCUUCGCGAUACAUGAGUAUGAAAAAGACGUAUUAGGAGGGGAAGAUUUUUUUUUUUUGUUUGUAAAUUGACGAGUGGUCCAUGCGAGUCCAUUCGUUGGCACUUGUACUUGUGUAAAAUGUAUAAUAAUUAUUAUCAUUCUCAUUAUUCAUUAUUAUUACAUUUUUAUUAUUAGU